AAUAUCCCCAGUUUUGUGUAAGUUUUUUAGGCUUUUUUCACUAUUUUUGCUUUCUUUUCGUGGGAAUAUUUAUGGGGACAAUAUCCCCCAUAAUGUUAUUAUGUAAAAGUUGCCACUUUCACUAUUUUUGCUUUCUUUUCAUGGGGAUAUUUUGUCCGGAGAUAUUUUGUCGGGGAUAUUUUGUCAGGUGCUCAAAACGCCUGAUACCCUGCAGUAGUUCUGCUCUUUGAAAAAAUUUUCAUCACGAAUUUUAUUGAACUCUCCAUUAAUUUUUCAAAUUUCAGAACUCAAACUUGUAAUUAAUAAAAAUAAAAAAUUAAUUUCGUCUUCUGAGAAAUUUUUUUGGAACCGAUUUACAGCAGACUAAUAAUUCAGGAAAUUUUUCAAAAAAUUCCCUGAAAAAUUUAGUCGGUCUUUGGACAAUUUAAUGAAGAAAUCCUCGAAGUGGAAAUUCCAGCUGCUCAAUUUGAAUUUUCCCGCCACUAUACUGCGCACUGUUCUCCGCGCGCUCUAUUCUCAAAUUUUUGAACUUUUUCAACACAUCGAGUUUUAUUUGCCGGUUUAAAAACUUCCGUUGCACUCCAAGUGUCAACGAUAAACAAAGAAAUUGUUUUUUAUCAACAAAAAAACUAACGGCCCAGGAUUAUUGAUAAUUUGUCAGGUUAUUCAGUAAUUUUUGUGGGCCCACUGACGUUAAUUUAAAAACCAUAACAAUAUUUAUAAAAAAUAUGUAAAAAUGGACAAUUAUCAAAACAUAAAAGCUUUUAACGCAGCUGCGCAGAAUUAUUUGAAACGUCCAAAUCAAACGACAGCUUCAGUGCUCCAGCAAUGUCUCGAUACGAUAAUAAAAACAACAGACCUAAAAAUAUUCGAUACUAUCAGUCCGGUAACUAAAGAAUUUUACCUGCACCUCCACAACUUGGUAAUUUCAUCAGAUUCAUCAUCGCCGCCGAUCUGGAGCGUGAUAGAAGUGCUGCAGCACUUGUGCAAAAGCCCCCAAGCAAGCCAGCAGUUGAUCCACACUUACAAGUUCGCCUCCAUCGUGUCGAAACUCCUGGUACCGGACCUGGUGUCUCUCAAGCGAGUGAAAGUCCUGAAGGUCCUCCAGGAACUGACUUACGGAAUCAGAAUCCCAUACCAGGAACGCUACUUGUUCAGCUUGAUAUUGACGUUGACGCAAUGGAUAAUCGAAUCCAAUGAGGAAGAGAUCGUGAACCUGUCAGUGGGGGUCUUGAUAAAUGUCUGCUACAAGAACUUGCCUUCAAUCUACACGCUGCUGAAGAAAACUGACAUCAAGGCGCUGCACCGUAAGCUCCUGGUCCUGCAGAAUGGGAGCAUUGGCAUCAGAGUCCAGUGCUGCAAGCUCCUGAUCAUGAUGGAGCAGGUGACGAAGACUAUUCCGGACCAACUGAUCUUCGAGUUCGUUGUCGUGACCAUGCAGAACCUUCUGACUGUGCUCCAGAACCAGGACACGUCAGUCCUGCGUCACUUGGUCGAAUUCUUUGAAGAUGUUCGUCUAGAUGAGAGCUCGCGAACCGCCUUGGCCUCUUACGCUGACUACGCACGGGAUGUUAAGACAAUUAUCAAGCAUUUGAAGACCUCGGCGCCCGAAUCAGUCGCUUUAGUGAUUGAAUUCUUCCAGUCGUUGGUUAAACUGAAGCAUUCGACGCUGAUCCCUCUGUAUCCUGAGCUGAUAAAAAUAGCCAUGAACUGGAUAGCUGAUGAUCUGGUGGCUGUCAAAGCCAUGGGGCUGCUACGAGUCAUUAUUUCAAACUGUCGGCUAAAUAAAAAUAUUUCUGAGCUUACUGCCAGUAUAAAACUUGACACUUUGAUGCUUGUCCUAGGCCCCGAUGAUGACUCUGACCCCAAAUUUCAGGAUGUUGAAAAACGACUAACAGAAUUUGUAAAACUGAUGCUGGAAAUCAAUAAAGUCAAGUCAUUCCGCGGACAAGUCAGCUCCGACUUCAGUGUCCAGCGGAUGAAGAAGCUUUUGCUGCCGGUACUAGCCACCAAUGAUGGACCUAGAAACCUUAGGUGCGAACCUACGCAAGCUUUCUAUGUCCACGCACUGGCUCUGACUGCCGAGUUGGCGAUCCAGGACUCAAACUGGCUCGCUCUCUACACCGCUUUGAUGGAAGAACGUUCAGUCCAGAUGACUAUCGCCGUAGCGGUCUUUACUGGAGAUGCCGAAGUGAAGCAGACAGCUCUCCAAUUGAUAUCCUCAGCCAACUGUCCCCAGGAAUGUGUCUCAGCAGUUGCCAAGUGCAUGUGCGAGUUGGUUCCCCUCGCGCUAAUUGAGUCCCAGUCAACUUACGCGAAUUUACAUGCCUGUGAUAGUCAAUUGACCAGUGCAAUAAAUGCCAGUGCUGAUGCUUCCUUCUCUUUGGCACAAGAAAACGAACUGGACACUUUGCUGGGGAGUAUAAAUGAUCUGGUAAAGGAAAAUAAAAUAAACGAAAUCACCACGUCCAAUGUAAUCGAAUUAUAUCAGUACAAGUUGCUGAUAAUGAGUCAAAACGAGAGAGUUAAUCAGGCGAGUCUUGAGGCCUGUAAUAAUCACGCGACGCGUCUGCAGCAACUGCUGGCCCAGACUACGGCUGAGUCGAAGGAACUGUACCAGUUGCUGUACUACUCCCAGCUGAAUGUCGACUUGAUAAAAGACGACAAAGUCAGGAUGAGCAAGAAGCUACAGGAGACUGAGGAGCAAAGCAAGAAGCUGCUGAGCACCCAGAAGCUGGAGAUUGCGAGUCUAAAGAAAAUUCUCGACGAAAAGUCAAAGUCCAAUGAACAACAGGCUAAAGUUUUAGCUGAGCUGAAGAAGGAGAAAGAAGAGUGGCUGAAGGAGAGACAGGAGCGGGACAACAAAGAGACGAAACGCGAGGCCAAGCUUCUGGAGCAGGCCAACAAAAUCGCGGAGAUCAAUAAGAUCAAUUCGAAGUUAGAAGACAGUCUGGGGAAGAAGAACCAGGCCAUCGAGAAGGUCAACAAGGAACUGGAGACUGCUCAGGAGACGAUCGCGGUCCUGCAGCGAGAGCUGAGACAGUCCAAUGAGCAGAGCAAGGGGUACAUUCAGACGAUUGCGGAGAAGGAAGAAGAAAUAGGAAAACUACACGGGGAAGUUAAGGAUCUCAGUCAGAUGCGCGACAUGAUAAUAAAUUUAGCAGCUUCCAAGAAAAAUAAUACCACCACGUAAUGCUAAUUAAUCUGUAGGUUUAUUGAUAAUCAUGUGGUCAUUUAUUUUUAUAUCCAAGACUCGAUAUUUUUUAACCAAAUUCAAAAUUCAGUUGAUAUAUUUUUUUUUUAUGUCGGCAUGUUUAUACUUUUGUAUGAAAUAAAAUAAUUAUGUAUGAUAAUUUUUAAGAUAGAUUAAUAAAUUAAUUAUUUCUAGGAAUGAAUUUAAAUUUAAGU